CUGUACGAAGUUUCGUACCAAGUAUUGAGUAAGCACAAUAGAAAAUGGCAGCUUCCAUGCAUCACAGAUAAAAUAUCAACUUUUCUUUGUUUUUUAAAGAUAAUUCUUCACUUGACAAAAUGACCGAGGACGUACAAAAGCAUUCUGUGCACACCCUUGUGUUCCGGUCACUGAAAAGGACACAUGACAUGUUUAUAUCUGACCAGGGCAAUAUGCCCCAAAAAGAUGAGAGAAGUGAAUGGUUCAGGAAGAUGUGUAAAAUUGAUGAUGAAUAUGGAGUAGUCAAAAAUAUGCCGAAAGAAGUUGGUAGAAAACAGCAAAAUACAACAGAUUCAAAUAAUCCAUUUGGACAGUGGCAGGAUGCUAGAAAUCCGUAUGGUGGACAGGAUGCUGGGGUCUCCCAGUCAGGCACGGAACUUUCCCUGGCAGAACAAAACAGGUCAGAUAAUCCAGUCUCUUCUGCUGGUGGUCAGGAUUCAAAUAAGGCACUAGUAUCUGUUGGAUCUCAACAAGCAUUGGUACCAAAGAAAGCACCAACCAUGCCAAAACCAGAGUGGCAUCCUCCAUGGAAACUGUAUCGGGUAAUCAGUGGACAUUUAGGUUGGGUAAGAUGUGUUGCUGUUGAGCCAGGCAAUGAAUGGUUUGUCACCGGAGCAGCUGAUAGAGUUAUCAAGAUAUGGGAUCUGGCAACAGGAACAUUAAAGCUGUCAUUGACAGGACAUAUAAGUGCAGUACGAGGGGUCUGUGUCAGCCCCAGACAGCCAUACCUGUUCUCUUGUGGGGAGGAUAAGAAAGUCAUGUGCUGGGAUCUGGAACAGAAUAAGGUGAUAAGGAACUACCAUGGUCAUUUAAGUGCAGUUUAUUCCAUUGACAUUCAUCCAACCAUUGAUAUCAUAGCAACAUGUGGCCGAGACAGCACCUGCAGGAUAUGGGAUAUGAGAACCAAGUCGUGUGUUCAUACAUUUGCUGGUCAUACAAACACAGUGGCUGAGGUCAGAUGUCAAGCUGCAGAACCACAGGUGAUAACAGGAAGCCAUGAUUGUACAGUGAGAUUGUGGGACCUGGCAGCCGGAAAGUCAAGGGUUACACUCACAAAUCACAAGAAAAGUGUUCGUUCUAUAUGUCUUCAUCCUACACAAUACACAUUUGCAUCAGGUUCACCAGACAACAUAAAACAGUGGAAAUUUCCAGACGGAAACUUCCUGCAGAAUCUUUCAGGACAUAAUGCCAUUAUAAACAGUCUGGCUAUAAACUCAGAUAAUGUUCUUGUUUCAGCAGCGGACAAUGGUUCCAUGCAUUUCUGGGAUUGGAAGACGGGUUAUAAUUUCCAGCGCAUGCAAGCUGCUGCACAACCCGGAUCAAUCGACUCAGAGGCGGGAAUAUUUGCCAUGGUCUUUGAUCAGAGUAACACAAGGUUGAUAACUGCAGAGGCAGACAAAACUAUCAAAAUAUACAAGGAGGACGACACUGCGACUGAAGAGACACAUCCGCUCAACUGGCGACCAGAUAUUGUCAAGAAGAAAAGAUACUGAACCCUUUGUGUUUUACCGUCUUUGUUAAAUAGGGAGUACAUUAUUGUACAACUGGCUUAUUGUGAAAAAACGUUUUGAAGAUGGGAAACCAAGAAAGGUUGAUAGCAGAUGGACAUAACUCAUUUCCUGAUGUUUUAGUGGCCAGAUUUAGAAAAAAAUAUAAUUAUGUGGAAAUGAAGGGUGGAAACAAGGCACUUGAAAUUUUUUUGGAGAUUGAAGGAUAUAUCAGCUGCUGUAAAGAACAACUUAUAUGCUUAUCAUAAUUUAUGUCAUUGUAAAAAGGAACAUUUUAAAAAGAAGUAAAAUUUUAAAGUGUU